AUGCGAGAGGAGGCACCAGUGUUUGAUUUAAAUAGGGGACGACAUAGGCGCGAUAAGCCUCCAGAGUUUGGUCAUCACAGGAUCGCAUCACCAUGGCAGACUGAGUUUGCAGGGGACAUGACAUCUGAUCCACCCUAUCAGCCUUCAAUGGCAACGAUUGAUUACAGGAGUACAGAGAGGAGAUCUUCAGAUGAUAGAGUUCCAUCACGAUUCUCAAGGGAGAAUGAAGCACUCCGUUCAUCGGCUAGAACAGUUGCAUCUCCUUUCACUGAUGAAAUCCUAAACUCGCCAAAUCUAAGGAAAUUCUCCAUGCCGGUCUUCAUUCUGUUUGAUGGAACCACCGACCUGAUUGAUCACAUCUACCACAUUCAGUUGAAAAUGGCUCUGAACACAAACAAUGAUCCUCUGAUGUGUAAGUGUUUCCCAAUAAGUUUGGCUGGUCCAGCCCUCAAUUGGUUUAAGAACCUGGCCCAAGGUUCAAUUGUAAGUUUCCAAGACUUAUGCGACAAGUUCAUAAGCCAGUACUAUGGGAAUAAACGCCCGACUAAGGACGUUUCAAGCCUCUUUACAAUGAAACAGCAUGAAGACGAACGACUCCAAGCUUUCCUCACCAGGUUCAAUCUUGUCAAGAGCAUGGUAAUGGAAUGCCAUCCGUCCACGGCAGUUCAAGCAUUCAAACUCGCGAUGAACCGAUGGACACCGUUCCACACAAGCCUUGUGGUGAAUACGCCAAAGACCAUAGACGAGCUGAACGAAAGGGUUUGGAAGAAGAAGAGGCAACUAACGCAAGAAAGACAUCAAUUAUCUCAACAGAGGAGAAGUCCAAAACCAAGAUCCGGUAGAAACAAGCUCAGCCACAAUGACAGACCUCCUAGAAGGCCGAGAAGAGGCCCAGGGAGGAAGAGUUAA